AUGGGAUAGGUUUGUAUAAAAGAAUCUAAACAAUAAACCGAAGAGGCUGGAGAUGCUAUGGAGAAAAAUGAGAUAAAGGAUUCAUAGUAACUGUUUCCUGAAGAGGAUAAUGAUAAAGGGAGACAAUAACUAAAUGAAUUCACAAUUCUGAGGCACUUAGGAAGAGGAACAAACGGCAAGGUUAUGCUAGUGUAACAUUAGCCAACUUAGAAACAGUAUGCAAUGAAGGUAGUAUGUAAAAACAAAGUGCAAAGUCUUACAUAGAAGAAAUAUAUUAAAACUGAAAGAAAGAUUUUAGAGAUAUCUGAUUGUAGUUUUAUCACCAAAUUACAUUAUGCUUUUCAAACUCAGACUAAAUUAUAUUUUAUAAUAGAUUAUGUCUCAGGAGGAGAAUUGUUUUAUCAUCUAAAAAUGAAUGGUAAGAUGUCAGAGAAAAGGGUGAGAUUUUAUGCUGCAGAAAUUUUGCUUGGGUUGGAUUAUUUGCAUAAGGAAAACAUUAUCUAUAGAGAUUUAAAACCUGAGAACAUAUUGUUAGAUAAUGAAGGUCACAUAAAGAUAUGUGAUUUUGGAUUGUGUAAAUUAUGUACAUAAGGUGAUAAUUAUGCAAAGAGUUUUUGUGGUACUUUAGAAUACUUAGCUCCAGAGGUCAUUUCUGGCGAUAUGUAUUCUAAAGUGUGUGAUUGGUGGACUUACGGUGUUUUAUUGUACGUAAUGCUAACUGGCAGAUUGCCAUUUUAGAAUGACAGCAAGAAAGAGAUGAUGAAAUCAAUUUUGAUGGAACAAUUUGAAAUUCCAAAUGAUCUCUCUGAAGAAGCUCAAGAUUUGGUUUAAAAAUUACUUAAGAAGAAUCCUCAGGAAAGAUUGGGAGCGAUUAGGGAUGGAGCAGAGAUAUAAGAACAUGAGUUUUUCAAAGAUAUAGAUUUUGUGAAAUUGGAAAGGAGAGAAAUCAAGCCCCCUUUUUAUAAUGAUAAGCCUUUUCAAUUUUUUGAUCAAAAUUUAGUUAGGAAAAGCACAAUUCAGGAUACUCCUGUUAAUGAAUUUGGGAAGUAUCAAAAUUUUUCAAAUUUCACAUACAAGGAGGAUAAGAUGAUAAAUGAAUAUAAUAAACUAUUAAUUAUUCACUGA